AUAGCAACAGCAGCAGUUAGCAAAAAAGGAAUAGCAACAGCAGCAGUUGGCAAAGAAGGAAUAGCAGCAUCAGCAGUUAGCAACAAAGGAAUAGCGACAGCAGCAGUUAGCAAAAAAGGAAUAGCAACAGCAGCAGUUAGCAACAAAGGAAAGGCAACUGCAUCAGUUAGCAACAAAGGAAAGGCAACUGCAUCAGUUAGCAACAAAGGAAAGGCAACUGCAUCAGUUAGCAACAAAGGAAAGGCAACAGCAGCAGUUAGCAACAAAGGAAUGGCAACAGCAGCAGUUAGCAACAAAGGAAUAGCAACAGCAGCAGAUGGCAAUGGCGAAUCAAUGACAGCAGAUGGCGAAAUACAAGAACCAACUGCAAUAUCUAGCACAGGAGUAACAACAACAACGACAGCUGUCAACAGUAAAGCAACAACUCAAAAAAAGAGAAGAAGACGCCAUGCAGCAGUUAAGAAGGUAACUGGCAAAUGGUCAGGUGGUAAAGGGAAAAAAGUUGACAAGAAAAUAGCAACAGAAGCAAGAAGUGUAGCAGCUGGUGAUGGAGCAGUUGCAGCCGGAGGAAGAGUAACAUGUUACUCUGAUAUUGUUAAUGCACUUCUGAAACUUUAUGAGUCUGACAAAGAGAAGUACAGUUGUUUAGAUUCAUGUUUCAUUGAGAAAAAUGGCAAAUAUCAACCAUGUGAAGAGUUUCUGAACAAUUCUGUUACAUCAACAUUAAUUGAACAAUUGAAAGCUCUGAAUUUAUUGCCAGAUAUUUUACCAACAACAGAAAAAGUCAAGAAGCAAAAGUGUCAAAAGAAAAAUUCCAAAAUUUCAAAUUCUAAACCAGAGGCUUUUGAAGAAAUAACGAAAAGUCAUUCAGUUAACUGUCAGCCUGAAAUUUCAGAGAUUGAAACACAGUCAAAGAAGGCAAAAAAUCAGGAAAGCAAUUCUUUGAAAUCUGUUCCAGAAAGUUUGGAAAGUGAAAUGAAGGCUAAAAUAGAAUCUUUAACUGAAUAUAAAUUUGAAGAAAUGAAUUCAUCUAACACGAUAAUCAAAGAGAGAAGAGAAACUGUUUCUGAAAGAAUUACAGAGCAAGAUAUAAAAGUUGACAUAUGUAUGGAUUUCAAUGCAGAUGUAAUUAAAGACUGUGAACAGACAGACUCUGAGAAGGAUGAUGAUGAUGACGAAGAUGAUGCUGAUGAUGAUGAUGACAACAAUAAAAAUGAAGAUUUGUUCAAAGAAAAUUUAUUUGAAAAUUUGAAUUGGAAAGUCAUAUGUACACAAGAUGUUUGGAAUACUUUAAAGAGCAGAGACUUAACAGAUAAAACACGCAGACAAACUGUUUUAGCCAUCAAAAAGUUAGCUUCUGGCUACAAGAGUAGAUGUGUGAGGAAACUGAAAGAUAUUCCCAACAGUCUAAAACUGUACACAUUUCACCUGUCACAUAAUUCACGCAUCAUUUGGCAAUUGACUAUUAAUUAUCUGCCAGAACUGGAACAAUAUUCAGAGGUGCUUUGUAUCUGGAAAGUGGUUUUUAAUUUAAACAAGUUCAGAUCCAUUAUAGACAAUAUUGUGAGAUGUUACAAGGCUAGUUUACCCUGUUGUCAGUAUUUAAAACCUGUACUCUCUACCCAGAGUCUGUCUGGUGUAUUGUCACCACGUGUCUUUGACAAGUGUGACGACAAUAAAGGCAACGACAUCUGUCACUCAUAUCUUUCUAUUAACAGUGAAAGUGAAGUGAAUAUUAUGAAAUUCUACCGUUUUACCUCUUCAUUGGUAAGAUAUAUAUUUCAGGAGAGUACGUUGAAUGCUUCUUUCCCGUUUGAAGUAAAAGAAGCGGAAUCUAACAUCAUAGUCGACAACAGUAAAGAAGCCAUCAUUGUGUUGGGCCGAAGUGGUACUGGCAAAACCACUUGCUGUCUUUACCGACUCUGGGACCAUUAUAUCACCUAUUGGAAACAGGCUAACAUCUCUGGGAGCCCAUUGUUUCAGAAACUUGUGACUAACUCAUUGGAUCACAUCAGAGAUAACAAAGUGCUAGGAGGACACCUGCAAGAACAAUCAGAUGAAGAACAAGAUGAAGACGAUGUGAAUGAUUCAGAUGACGAUGAAAGCAAAGAUGAUUCCGAAAACUACUGCCAUCUUCAUCAACUGUUUAUUUCACGAAACAAUUGUCUGUGUACAGAAAUGCAAAAGAACUUCAAAAAUCUCUGUACUGGUGAGAAUAUGAGUGAAAACCACAUGGAAUUUUCUGGGUUACGUUUUCAGGAUCUUCAGGACAACAAUUUCCCAAUAUUUCUAACAUCCAAGAAAUUUUGGGUUCUUUUAGAUGCCUCACUUGGUUCACCGUAUUUUUUCCCUCGAAAUGAAGACAUGACUUUGAGAACAGACUUCAAAAACUGGCUGGAUGAAGAUUCCAGCAAUCUGUUUGACAUGGACAUCAAAGAGAACGACGUUGGUGGGAAUUUCCAAGAUUUUUAUGAAGUAACCUAUGACAUAUUUGAGAAGGAAUUUUGGAAUCGAAUUAAAUAUCCAGUCCCUGGCUGCCAUCCAACCCUUAUUUGGACUGAAAUUAUGUCAAUCAUAAAAGGCUCUUAUAAAUCCCUGCUUUCAGAGAAAGGUUUCCUAUCAAAAAAUGAAUACUUGGAGAUUGGGAAGAAACAGGCGCCAAAUUUCACCUCAGACCGGGAAAAGGUAUACCAAGCAUUUGUGAAAUACAAUAAACUCUUAAGAGAAAGACAUCUGUUUGAUGAGAUGGAUGUUGUUUUUAAUUUAUUCUCUCGGCUUCGUAAUUCCCAACCAACCUUCUGCCCCAUUCAUGAGAUUUAUGUCGAUGAAGUCCAGGAUUUUACCCAAGCUGAACUCUUUCUGAUGAUAUUACUUGUUGAAAAUCCCAACAACAUGUUUCUCACAGGUGACACAGCCCAGAGUAUCAUGAGAGGUGUUGCAUUUCGAUUCUGUGACCUCAAGUCACUCUUUUAUUACCUAAAAGGGAUAUGUUCAAAUUUAAAGCAACUCCACUCUAUUAACGUACCCCAGACAAUGCAUUAUUUGACCUGCAACUACAGGUCACACAGUGGGGUGGUUUCAUUGGCUUCUAGUGUUCUUGAUUUACUUAACAGAUAUUUCCCGGAAUCUUUUGAUAAAACCGAGAAAGAUUUUGGGUCAUAUGAGGGCCCAAAACCAAAAAUCUUUGAGUUCUGUAACAACGAGAACUUGAUCAUGUUAUUGGGAGGAGAAAAACAGAGAUCAAAUCAGAUAGAAUUUGGAGCCCAGCAGGCUAUUCUUGUGGCAAAUAAUCAGGCAAAACAGGAAUUACCCAGUUUUCUUUCAUCUGCAAUUGUUCUCACAAUUGCUGAAUCAAAAGGCUUAGAAUUCAAUGAUAUCCUUUUGUACAACUUCUUCAAGGAUUCUCUGGUGACUGAUGAAUGGCGAAUAAUAACAAGCUAUUUGCAGGAAAUAAUUGCAGAAACCAAUGAAGACAGCCAAGGAAAUGGUCAAAGAUCAGCUGAAUUCAACUUCGAUGUUCUUGAUUCCGAGAACCAUCCUCAUCCUUUAACCUUUGACCCAAACAAGCACAAGGUUCUCAACUCUGAAUUAAAGUAUUUAUACACAGCACUUACAAGGGCAAAACAUAACAUUUGGAUUUUUGAUAUAUCCAAUGAAAAACGAACCCCAAUUUUUGAGUAUUUUCAGGUUCUGCGUUUGGUUGCAUCUGUUGAUACUUCUAGUGAAGACCCUGACAAUACUGAAUUUGCCAGAAGCUCAACACCAGAAGAAUGGUUUACGAAAGGAAUGUCUUUCUUUGAGCGAAAACACUUUGAAAUUGCUAUAAAGUGUUUCCAGAAAAGUGGUCACAAGAAAGAAGAAACCGUGGCAACAGCAUUCCAGUAUGUUCAACAGGCUCAAAUGCAAGACUCAGCUGCCAAGAAGCAGAAGCACUUCCUCAUAGCUUCCAAGUAUUUCUUUGAUUGUAACAUGUGUAUCAGAUCAGCAUGGUGUUUAUCUGAAGGAGGCAAAUAUGAACUUUCUGCCCGUCUUUACCGAAAAUGUCACAAGUACAAGGAAGCUGCAGUGAAUUUUAAGAAAGCAAAGCUGUAUAAUGAAGCUGUACCUUGUUAUCUGAAGAUUUCAGAAUAUGGUAAAGCAGUGGACAUGCUUCACAAUGUCAGGCAGUUUAGUCAUGCCAUUGAGAUAAUUCAGAAAUAUAAAGCUCUUGAACAGUCAUAUGGUGAUUCUGCACCUGAGGAUUUCAUAAAGAAUCGUCCAACAAAAGAUAUAUUCUACCUCGCUCAGCAAGCUGCAAAUCUUUACUACCAAUGUAAGGAUUUUGAGAAAAUGAAGGUGGCCUUGCUUCAUUUCACCACAUUGGAAGAUAAACUGAAUUUCCUGGAGAAGAAGAGACUCUUCAAAGAUGCUGCUGAACUGCUUAGAAAUAAUGGCCAAAUUCAGUCUUCAAUGGACUUACUUUGGCAGAACAACUUGUUCUCUGAGAGUGUAGCAGUGGCAGCCACCCUGAAUGACAACAAGCUAUAUGCCGACUGCCUGUAUAAACAAGCUGGACACAGCUAUGUUGUGGCAAAACUAAAGACAAUGCGCACACCGAUGCCGUCCCCUGCUGCUGAGGGUGGAGAUAGUGUUAAUGACGGUAAGAGUGUUGACAUUGACCUUGAUCUCUCCAGAAACAUUGAAGAAGAUUUGAGGAAUGCUCUGCUGCUUUAUAAGAAAGAAGGCAACAAUUUUGGUCAGGCUAAAUGUCACCUGUUACUGGCUAAACUGAACGAAACAAACACCAAAUCCACCAUUGAUGCAGUGGAGGCCUUCAAGCAGUUCAAAUUAGGCAAGGUUCCAAUUGGUUGUUUAGAAGCAGUUCAAUUCUUCACAGAUCUCGAUCCUCAUGAUUUCUAUAAGGAAUCUUUUUGGAAUGUUAUCAAAGAAAGUUUUGCUUUAGUACAUUUGCUGAAGAGUCAUCUGCAAAGUUCAAACCUUGUGGUAAAAUCAUAUUUACCAUAUUUUGGUCUCUCUUUCAAGGAUGAUUCUGUGUGGAAAUCUCACACAACAGAACCAUUGUGUUGCAUAUCUCUCAUAGAAUACAAUAUUUGUAAUAGAAUGUCUUAUGCAAGUUUUACCUUUGAUAAAUUCAAAUCGUGGCUGAAUAAAUACCUCAAAUUUUGUAUUCGAAAGUUAUUCCAAAUACUGUAUCACAAGUUAACCAUCCACAUCAUCAUAAGUACACCCUGUCCAUUUGAAUCUGCAGAAUUAUGCCAGUCUUCAGAAACUUGUUGUUGUCAUUUGGCAAAUUUUUAUGGAAGUCAGUUUUCUCAGAGUGAAUAUUUCUGCCGUUUUCAGGAGAAAAAAUGCAUGCAUCUUCAUGAAUCCAGUACUUUACCUCGUUUUGAUAUUCGUGUAGUUAUCUGUGAAAUGCUUCUCACUAUAAAGCUACAAGACGAUUUUGAAGAGUUUAAAUUCUUUGCAACUCAUCUUUAUAAAGCCCUGAUUUCGAAUUUAGAUCAAGAUACCCAUUUGUCAGACGUCUUCCAUCCAGACAAUAUAAAUGCCUUAAAAAUCUGUAUUCGAAAUCAUUAUAAAAUGGUUUUUCAAAAGAUGACUCUAUUGGAAAAAGUACAGUCUUCAGAUUUCUAUUUUGAAGUAAAUAUUUUAUUCAGCUGGCUAAAUAUUAGAUAUGAUUUGAACAAACUCAUGGAAGACAUGUACCAACAAAUUGGAAAAGAAUCAUUUCCAGACGUGCAUAUAGUAAACUCAUCUUUGGUUUCUUCUGACAACAAAUAUAUGUGCAUAUACCAACGGUUCUAUGAUUCUCUCUAUUUUCUUUAUGAAAGACAUCAGCCAUUUGAAGCUGUCAUUCAAUUUUCUAAAUUUUGUGUUUUGUUUCUAAAAAAGAGAAAACGUAUUCUGCCAGAUUUGCACUGCCUCUUAUUGUGGAUUGAAUUCUUUAUGACAAUAAGUUUCAUGUUACUAAUGAGACACUGCAAAAUAUCAGUGGUUCUAUCUUCCUCUCAUAUUUCCUCAGUUGACAUUAUAGAUACACUUCAAUCAACAUUUUCAGAAAAGCUUCAAGACAUUUUAAAUUCCAGUCGUAUGUGGCUCAAUUUGAAACUUCUAGAGGAACGUGUGGCCAAAAUGGUCAGUUUGAUUUUUAGUGACAACAUUUUUAAGUGUUUACAAAAAGAAGAUGUAAAUUCAAGAAAACUUGCAAAGCGUGUUUUCAUUUUGGGCCUUUGUUACAUUCAUUGUUUUUCUGAGCAGCCUUUUGAAAAUAUACCGGACCUCAAAUUUUUAAUGAAAUGUGAAAAUGUUGCAACUCUAGUUGAGGAUCCUUUAUUAAGAGUGAGAGAUAUAUGCAGACAGAUUGCAACAAACCAAGAUGUAGCAUGUAGGCUUAUUAAAGCUACUGUAAAAGUUUUGAUGCAGACCCCAGAAUAUGAAAUCUCAAGAUAUUAUUGGAUGUUUAAAAAUGGAAAACCAUUAGGACUACAGUUGGUUUCUGAUAAGCAAUUGCCAAUGUCGAGGCUUGAAAUGGCUGACUCAAGCCCCACAGGUGUGUCUGAAAUUGACUCUGAAAUAACAGAAAAAAUGGUUGAAGAUUUAAUAAGUAAUGAGGAAAAAGAUAAAAAGAAUGAUUCUGUGAUGCAAACAAAAGCUGUUCAGGUGAUUGAAAAUGCUUACCUGAGAUAUAGAAAUAAAUUAUUGAAGGAGCUGAGAUCGUUGGAGAUUCCAGCUAACUUACCUUUAUUUAGUCCAAGUGAGAAAUAUUGCUCCGUGUGUGCAGUUUCUUUUUCUUCAAAACAAUGGAUCACUCCUUUUAAGAUUAAUGGAAACGACAGUUCUGAUGAGAAAGAAACUUUAUUUAAACACUUGAAGAAACCUGCUCAUUCAGCAAAGAUUUUGGAAUUCAAAGCAUUCUCAAAACUCUAUGAAACUCGUUUUCUUCCUGUUAAAGAAAGAGCCAAAAAUUAUCUUGAUUUAGAUUUAGUUUCAGACAAUGAAGAAAUUACAUUUUAUUUCAAUUUACUGAAAUUAAAAUGGCAAGACUUUGAUAAAAACCUGGAUCAAAUUUGCCAAAAUGCAAACUGGACAGAAACUGAAAAACUGGAAACAAUUGCUGGAAACAUUGAACAUUUUGCUGAGAAAAUGAAGCAAUUAUACAAAAAUUCAGAACUUUCUGACGACCACUAAAGCCUGGAUCGGAACUGAGAUAACUGUCUGUGUUCAUUGACACAGAAGUGCAAGUACAGCAGAAGAAUUCUUUUGAAGGAUUGAAGAAUGAAACUAUAAACAAUGGCAUAUCUACAGGAAUGCAGGAUGUCGUCAGUAAUGGUGCUACAGUUUUGAUGUCAGCCUACACAGUAACAGAUGUGUGUGUAUAUAUAUAUAUAUCUGCUUCUAGCAGAAAGACUGCCCUCGGGGUGGUUUUCUGCUAGCCCCUUGAUAAUAUUUUCACAUUUGAUUCCUACUUCUAAUAAUUUUUAGCCUUUGCUGUUAAAUGUUCUUUUACAGCUACAUAUUUUGGUGUUCUUUCGGUUGAACCUGCAGAAAUGCCAAAAUUAACAGCUGGUUUUGUUCAUUAAUUUUUGUAAAAAAUUUUUUAUUCAUUUACUUGUUUUAAAGUGAAAGAGAGGGAAAAAUUUUAAAGUGAAAGACGUAUGUAUGUGCAUAUGAAAUGGACGAGAGGGAGAGAGAAG